AUGUUAGGACCCCUAUCUUUCAAAAACAGUCUCUGCGAUCUAGGAUCAUCUGUCAGCCUCAUGCCUUUGUCUGUAGCAAAGAGACUGGGAUAUCACAAGUACCAAGCCUGCGGAAUCUCACUAGUCUUGGCAGAUAGAUCGAUAAGGUUACCAACUGGGAUGCUUGAAGACCUGCCUUUGAGGAUAGGGAAUGUGGAAAUCCCCACAGACUUCAUUGUGCUUGAGAUGGAUGAGGAACCAACAGAUCCAUUGAUUCUAGGAAGGCCAUUCCUAGCUACAGCAAGAGCAAUGAUAGAUGUCUGUGAAGGAACAAUUGAGUUAAACUUGGGAAAGGACCUGAAGAUGAAGUUUGAUAUCAAGAUACAAUGA